CCUUCCAAAUGGCCAUCUCCGCAGACCCAUCCCAUUCAGAAACACAAACCGAAACCAACGAAAAGGAGUUGGAAUCGCGACGAACCGACGAGGCAGGCACCAUUAGAAGAGCGCCCGGAAACCCUAGCCCGCCGCCGCCUCCCGAUGUCUUGCACGGUGGCCAUCCCGAGCUCACCGGUGUUCUCGCCAUCGCGCCGCUCGCUCUCCUGCAAGGCCGCCUCCGCCUCGCCGGACCCAGUCCCCGCCUCCGUCUCCUCGCCGGCGCCCGCGCCCGCCGCCGCCUCGCCGCUGCGCCCCUUCGCGCUCCGCGCACUGCUCCGUGAGGAGGCCUCGCCGUCGUCGCCCCAGCGGGCCUCCGCCCCCGUGGGGUCCGUGCUGAAGAGGCGGCGACCGGCGCUGCUCGUGGUGCCGGUGUCCGGCGCGGCGGCAGCGGUGGCGGCGGUCGAGGCGGAUCCGAGGAACGAGGUGGAGGAGGAAGGGGAGGAGUUCGCGGCGUACUGCCGGAGGGGGAAGGGGAGGAGAAGGGUGGAGAUGGAGGACCGGUAUGUGGCCAAGGUUGCCCUCGGCGGAGAUCCCCAAGUGGCAUUGUUUGGUGUAUUCGAUGGCCACGGUGGGAAGAAUGCAGCAGAAUUCGCUGCCGAGAACUUGCCCAAGUUCAUGGCAGAGGAAAUGAAGAAGGUAGACGGCGGUGAGAUCGAGGGGGCGGUGAAGAGGGGUUACCUCAGGACGGACGAGGAGUUCCUCAGGAGGCAGGAGAGCGGGGGCGCUUGCUGCGUCACGGCCGUGCUAAAAAAGGGCGACCUGGUCGUCUCUAAUGUUGGAGAUUGCCGUGCCGUGGUCAGCCGAGCGGGGAAGGCGGAGGCGCUCACCUCCGACCACCGGGCGUCCCGGGAGGAUGAGAAGGAGAGAAUUGAGAAACUGGGUGGAUUCGUGGUGAAUUGCCGAGGAACAUGGCGAGUCCAGGGUUCAUUGGCAGUGUCAAGAGGCAUUGGGGAUGCACACUUGAAGCAAUGGGUUGUGUCUGAUCCUGAUUCCAGGAGCCUCCUGGUUGACCAGCAGUGCGAGUUCUUGAUACUUGCUUCUGAUGGCCUCUGGGAUAAGAUCGGUAAUCAGGAGGCAGUAGACCUUGCACGACCUCUCUGCGGCAGCAAUGACAAGGAUUCUCGCAUGGCUGCCUGCAGGAUGCUCGCUGAGACAUCUAUUUCCAGGGGCUCUACUGACGAUAUCAGCGUCCUGAUCAUACAGUUGCAGAAAUUUUCAAGUUCUUAACUGGAGAGAAACUGGAUUUAUAACUCUAGCCGGUAGCACUAACAGAAGACUCGUGGUAAUGGAAGGGCAGGAUAGGUAGGCAUCAUAUGUUACUUCGAGGGCAGAAGUUUUCAUGAGCUUGCGCUAUUUUGUGGGGAUUUUAACAUUCAUUCUUUGUAGUAGAACUAUUCUUUGUGUACUUAAUCAAUCUAUUUGAUUCAUUCUUUGACAGUGCCAUAAUAAUGCGGGUGAUCUCUCACCUCUCUGUAAAGGAAAAAAAUUUAUUAUUCGUUGCUCAACUAUCGACA